GCUAUGGGCAAGGCAGCGAUUGGCAGGAAGACCACUUGGGGCGGUCCCUCCGAAGGAAGAAGCGGAAUUUCUGGAUAAAAAAGGGCGCGAAGCCUCCACUUCCGGAAAUAAAACGGGCAACGAGGGAAUCGGCCUGAAUCGGCGACGAAAAAGCCCGGAUGAUGCAGGAGGACGGAGGAGCCCGGCGGGGGAAGGAAGGAAGCGCCGCCCGAGAGGAGGAGGAGGAGGAGAGCGGGCCCCGCGGAGCAGCCCUGCCCGGUCCCGGCGCGGCUUCCCCGGGAGACGGCGGGGAAAGGCCGGGGGGCUCCGGGGCUGCCGGAGGGAUGAGCCCAGGGGGAGCCCGGGAAAGGCGGCUGCCUGGAGGGCGAUGCGGGGAGGAGGAAACGGGCGGAGACCCCGAGACGGUCCUGGAGGGCGGAGGCUCCUUCGGAAGACCCAGAAAUCCCCCAAGGAUCCAGGAGGGAGGAAAGGAAGUUCAGUGCCCAGAAUGUGGAAAGUCCUUCAAAAGAAAUGACCAUCUGGAAAACCACUUAAGAAUCCACACAGGAGAGAAGAAAUACGAAUGCCCGGAAUGUGGAAAAUCUUUUACAACAAAUGGACAUCUUCAAAGGCAUCUAAGGAUCCACUCGGGAGAAAAACCUCAUAAAUGCUUUGAGUGUGGAAAGAGCUUCAGUCAGACCAGCACCCUUUAUAAACAUCAAAGGAUCCACACGGGAGAAAAACUCUAUAAAUGCCUUGAAUGUGGAAAGAGCUUCACUGAUAGCAGCACCCUUUAUAGACAUCAAAGGAUCCACUCUGGAGAGAAACCUCAUAAGUGCAUGGAGUGUGGAAAGAGCUUCUGUCAAAGGGGAAAUCUUUAUUCACAUCAAAGGCUCCAUUUAGAAAACCAGCACCAAUGUUGGGAAUGUGAAAAAUCCUUCAAAACAAUUCAAAUCCUCGAAAAACAUGUAAGAAUGCACUUGUUAGAGAAACCAUUUAAAUGCUUGGAAUGUGGAAAGAGCUUCAGUCAUUGGAGCAACUUUGAUAUACAUGAAAGAAUCCACUCGGGAGAAAAAAAAUACCAAUGCCCGGAAUGUGAAAAAUCUUUCAAAAGAAGUGAUCAUCUUCAAAGGCAUCUAAGGAUCCACAGGAGAGAAGAAAUACGAAUGCCCGGAAUGAUCCACUCGGGAGAAAAACCUUAUAAAUGCUUUGAGUGUGGAAAGAGCUUCAGUCAGACCAGCACCCUUUAUAAACAUCAAAGGAUCCACACGGGAGAAAAACUCUAUAAAUGCCUUGAAUGUGGAAAGAGCUUCACUGAUAGCAGCACCCUUUAUAGACAUCAAAGGAUCCACUCAGGGGAGAAACCUCAUAAGUGCAUGGAGUGUGGAAAGAGCUUCUGUCAAAGGGGAAAUCUUUAUUCACAUCAAAGGCUCCAUUUAGAAAACCAGCACCAAUGUUGGGAAUGUGAAAAAUCCUUCAAAACAAUUCAAAUCCUCGAAAAACAUAGCUUCAGUUGGAGCAGCAACCUUUAUAGACAUCAAAAGAUCCACUUUGGAGAGAAGCCAUAUGAAUGCCUGGAGUGUGGAAAGAGAUUCAGUCAAAGGGGAAGCCUUUAUAAACAUCAAAGGCUCCAUUGGAGAGAGAAAUCAAAUAAAUGCCUGGAGGGUGGAGGGAUCCACAGGAGAGGAAGGAGGCACAAAUGCCCUGAAUGUGAAAAAUCCUUCCAAAAAAAUGGAGAUCUUCAAAGGCAUAUAACAAUCCACACAGGAGAAAGGAAAUAUCAGUGCCCGGAAUGUGAAAAAUCUUUCAAAAGAAAUUGCCAUCUUGAAUGUCAUCUAAGAAGCCACUCCGGAGAGAAACCUCAUAAAUGCCUGGAGUGUGGAAAGAGCUUCAGUCGGAGGAGCAGCCUUUAUAUACAUCAAAGAAUCCAUUCUGGAGAAAAACGUUAUAAGUGCCUGGAGUGUGGAAAGAGCUUCAGUCGGAGCAACAGCCUUUAUGUACAUCAAAGGAUCCAUUCAGGGGGGGAACCAUAUAAAUGCCUGGCAUGUGGAAAGAUUUUCAGAUAUGAGAGAAGCCUUAAUAGGCAUAAAAAAUCCAUUCAUUAG